CUCCAUCCAGGGCUCGCCCCGACAUGGCCAUGGAGACCCCGACGCCGUUGCCCGCCGGGCCCCCUGCGUCCCCGCUGCUCUGCACCCCGGCCCCGCGCACCGUGCAGAUCGAGUUCCCGCAGCACAGCUCGCUGCUGCUCGAAGCCCUCAACCGCCACCGGCUGGAGGGCAAGUUCUGCGACGUGUCGCUCCUGGUGCAGGGCCGCGAGCUCCGGGCCCACAAGGCCGUGCUGGCGGCCGCCUCGCCCUACUUCCACGACAAGCUGCUCUUGGGGGACGCCCCCCGCCUCACGCUGCCGAGCGUCAUCGAGGCCGACGCCUUCGAGGGCCUGCUGCAGCUCAUUUACUCCGGCCACCUCCGCCUGACGCUGGACGCCCUCCCCGCCCACCUCCUGGUGGCCAGCGGCCUCCAGAUGUGGCAGGUGGUGGACCAGUGCUCCGAGAUCCUUAAAGAGCUGGAAACCUCUGGAGCGGGCGCUGCUGCUACCCGGGGGGGCCCCCCCACGACCUCCGCAGGAGGCUGGUGCCUUCGCUCUUCGCCCUUCCAGACCCCACUGGGACAGUCCUUCUCCUCUACGGAGAGCCCCACCGCCGGGGAGGGCAGUGACCUGGGAGAGGUGCUGCAGAUCCAAGUGGAGGACGAGGAGGAGGAGGAGGAAGAAGAGGAGGAGGAGGAAUACCAGGGAGCAGCAGCCCUCUCCCAGACUUCUCAACCCCAGAGAGUCUCAUGGGGCCUUUCCCGGCCUCAAGGACCCCACCCCCUGCCCCUGCCUGCCACUCCUCGGAGACUUUCGGAAGCUGAGGGUUCCAUGCUUGAGCCUUUGGCCCCUCCUUCACAGCCCCCCAAAAUCUACAUUAAGCAGGAACCCUUUGAGUCCAAGGAAGAGCUAGCAGGAGGUGUAACGCAGUACGUGGGUAUCAAGGAGGAAAAUAAAACGUUUCCUGGAGUGGACUCAGAAGGGAAUGGGGAGCUGAGUUUCCUGCUGCCCGCAGGGACCGGGGCAGCAUUGGAGGCCUGGGGCCCAUCCUGGAAGCCUGUGGAUCUGCACGGGAAUGAGAUUCUUUCCGGGGGUGGUGGCCCUGGGGGAGUGGGGCAAGCUGUGCACGGGCCUGUGAAACUGGGGGGCGGGACACCUCCUGCAGAUGGAAAACGCUUUGGUUGCUUGUGUGGGAAGCGGUUUGCUGUGAAGCCAAAGCGAGACCGGCACAUCAUGCUUACCUUCAGCCUCCGGCCUUUCGGCUGUGGCAUCUGCAACAAACGCUUCAAGCUGAAGCAUCACCUGACCGAGCACAUGAAAACCCAUGCUGGAGCCUUGCACGCCUGUCCUCACUGUGGUCGCCGCUUCCGCGUCCACGCCUGUUUCCUACGUCACCGGGACCUCUGCAAGGGCCAGGGCUACACAGCUCGCUGGACUUACAAGUGAGUGCCAGCACCGUAUGACCCUCUCAGGACCCGCAAGCCACCGGUGCUG